UUCAAUAUUUGGUAGCUUCCAUAGGUUUGCCACUCCUCCUUUCUUCUUGUUCACAUUCUGUCUCUCAUCACCUCCACCCACAAGCAGACAAUACCCAUAGAAAUCCCCCACAACACCACAACUAUGGUUGGAUCUUCACUUCCUUCUCACAAUCUCACUCCCAAAUCCAUCAAGUUUCUAUGUAGCUAUGGCGGACGGAUUCUCCCCCGUCACUCCGACGGAAAACUCCGUUAUCACGGCGGCCAAACUCGCGUCCUCUCCGUUGAUAGCUCUAUUUCUUUUUCCGAGUUGUUGGUGAAGAUGGGAGAGAUGUGUGGAUCAUCGGUGAGUUUGAGGUGCCAAUUGCCCGCGGAUGAUCUGGACGCUUUGAUAUCGGUAACCUCCGAUGAGGAUCUAACCAAUCUCAUCGAGGAAUACGAUCGGUCGUCGUCCUUGAAGAUCAGAGCCUUCCUCUCCGCCCCCAAAUCCACCAAAAAGGUGUCUCCGCCUACCUCCUUCAGCAGCCAUGCGUCGACGCCGAAAUCUGCCUUCGGUAUGUACACCGGGGGCGGAGGUUUACCUCCUAGGUGCCCGAUCUCCGGCGGUAGGCAGUUCAAACGGAUCUCGUCAAAGCCGCCGGCGUAUCCGAUUAUCGUGGGCCAGAGAGUUAGCGGAAAAAUUCCUCAUCAAUUCGUUUAUCAGUAUCAGAUUGGGCAGGGAAAUGGUUGCCGCGUCAGUCGCCUCAUUCACAACGGCAACCACUGGCAAUAGCCGGAAAUAUUGAAUUAGAAAGCUAUGGUAAAAAUGUAAAUUUGAUGGUGUAUGAUACAUAGAUAGUAUAUGAUCAAGUCUAGGGGAUCCUAUUUUUACUUAUCCCCGAUCUUCUUGCCUAUUAAUGAAAAUUUUAUGUCCAGUUUUGUUGUUCAA